AUGUCGUCUGUGCCAACUAGUUCUGUAUCAUUUCCAGUACCACAAAUUGCAAAGCCUGAAAUCAUUCGCCGAACAGCAAAUUUUCAACCAAGCAUUUGGGGAGAUCAGUUCAUCAACUAUGAUUCCCAAAAAACUAAGACUGAUCACCUUUGGCAGCAGCAAGUUGACAAAUUGAAAACAGUAGUGAAGAGGGAACUCUUUACUAAUGAAGGUGAUUUUUCACAUCGACUCAAGUUAAUUGAUGCAAUCCAACGACUUGGCGUGGCAUAUCAUUUUGAACGUGAAAUAGAAGAAUCAUUGCAACAUAUCCAUGCAACAUAUCGUGAUCGGGAUAUGUACCAUGAUGAUGGCCAUCUUUACGAUGUUGCCCUAUUGUUUCGGCUUCUAAGGCAACAUGGAUAUCAAAUUUCAUCUGAUAUAUUCAACAAGUUUAAAGAUUCAAAUGGUAGCUUCAAAGAAUGCUUAAUUUCUGACGCCUCCGGUAUGCUAAGCCUCUAUGAAGCGACACAUCUUAGGGUUAAUGGAGAAGAUAUACUUGAAGAGGCUCUUUUGUUCACCACCAAUCAACUCAAGUACGUGCUCAAAAGCAAUGUACGCUAUCCACCAGUAUUGAAGGAACAAAUAACUGAAGCUUUGACGAGACCUCUUCGAAAAACUUUGGAGAGAUUAUGUGCCAAGAGUUAUAUUUCAAUCUACCAAGAUGAAGCCUCACACAGUGAAUCUCUAUUGAAACUUGCAAAGUUGGAUUUCAAUCUUGUUCAGUCUUUACACCAAAAGGAGCUCUCUGAUAUUACUAGGUGGUGGAAAGAACUAGACUUUGAAAGGAAAUUGCCUUUUGCAAGAGACAGGGUGGUGGAGGUGUUCUUUUGGAUGGUGGGAGUAUAUUUUGAACCCCAGUACUCUAUUGGCAGAAUCAUUAUGACAAAAGUGGGUAUCCUCCUAACUAUUUUGGAUGAUAUCUAUGAUGCAUAUGGUACAUUUGAAGAACUCAAGAUCUUCACUCAAGCAAUUGACAGGUGGAAUGUCAAAUGCAUAGAUGAACUCCCAGACUAUUUGAAAAUAUUCUAUCAUGAACUUUUGAAUCUUUUCGAUGAAAUUGACAAAGUGAUGUCAAAGGAAGGAAGAUCAUAUCGAACUUCAUAUGCAAUAGAAGCUAUGAAAGUUCAGGCUCGAUCAUUUUUCAACGAGGCCCAAUGGUUGCACGAAGGUCGCACUCCGAGCAUGGAGGAAUAUAUGAGUGUUGCUACAAUUUCUGUUACUUACACUUUUAUAACAACCAUUUCAUUACUUGGCAUGGGAGAUAUUGUAACGAAGGAUACAUUUGAGUGGUUGUUGGAUGACCCGAAAAUUGUUAGAGCUUCCAAUAUCAUUUUUAGGCUCAUGGAUGACAUUGUUUCCACCAAGUUUGAGAAAGAGAGAGGGCAUGCACCUUCUAGCAUUGAUUGCUAUAUGAAGCAAUAUGGUGUUUCAGAACAAGAGACGAUUGACGUUUUCGAGAAACAAAUUGUGAAAUCAUGGAAGGAUAUAAAUGAGGAGUUUCUUAAACCAACUGCUAUGCCAAUGCCGGUUCUUAUGCGUGUUCUCAAUUUAACAAGAGUAGUGGAUCUUCUUUACAAGGGAGAAGAUGGAUUCACACGAGUUGGGAAGAUGACCAAAGAUAGUGUUGCUGCAGUUAUUAUCGACUCAGUGCCACUGUGAUCGAGUUGGUUUAAAAGUUAUUUGUUCUCUCUAUAUAUAUGCAAUUGUAUGG